CUCACUCAAUCCGCAAUAGCCUCGCCAACCAUGCCUCUCAUAGUCCUAACCGGUUACCCCUGCUCAGGGCUAACCUACCGCGCAAACCAACUCGCCGCGGCCCUCGAAGAAACCCAAACCCAGCUCUUCUCCUCCGACACGCCUCCAAAAUCCAGAUACAAGAUCCACGUCGUCUCGACACACGAUAAUGUCAACCACCCGCGGACAGUGUACGAUACGGCGCGUACGGAGAAGGAGGCGCGUGGGAUCGCGUAUACCCGGGCAAAGCGCAUGCUAGGCAGGGACAGCUUUGUGAUUCUGGACGGCAUGAAUUAUAUCAAGGGAUAUCGGUAUCAGCUUUGGUGUGAGGCGAAGGCUUUGGGGACGACAAGUUGUGUUGUUCAUGUUGGCACGCCGAUUGACCAGUGCGUUGCGAAUAAUGAGGCGCGGAUAGAGAGAAAGAAUGCCUCUAGCGAAAACAAGAACGAAAGCAACGAAAGUGAGAACCAGAACUCGCCCCCCGAGUCUUCACCAAACACCUCGAAUGAAGCCGGCGAGGCCAGCGACCCCUACCCCCCCGAACUACUCAACAACCUCAUCUUCCGCUACGAAGAACCCUCCAUGAACAGCCGCUGGGAUAAACCACUCUUCACAGUCCCCUGGUCCGACACCGAGCCCCCCGUCGCCGAAAUUUGGACCACCCUAACAGGCGUCCCACACCCCUCCACCAUCCCCCAAGAAGGACAGGAAGAACCCUCAAUAUCCCCCCUCACAGCCGCCCUCAACUCAACAUCCCUCUCCUCAGCCGCAAGCACAACAACAACAAGAACCCCAGGCGCAGCCACCACCACAGCAGGAGGCCGAGGGGGAGGCCGAGGCACGCUCUCAUCGCGCCCGCGCGUCGCAAUUAAACCACACCAGGCAACCGUCCUCCCCGCAACCUCCGACUCCUCGGCCCUCUAUAAUAUGGAAAAGCGCACUUCUGCAAUCGUGCAAGCAAUUCGCACUUUCACGCUGUCGAACCCGUCUGCAAAGGCCGCCCUCGCAGCGUCCAACCAGCAGCAGCAGCAGCAGCAGCGCCAGCUUAAACAACCCGAUGACGCCCCGGAUCGCCGGGAAGAGGGAAUCUGUAUUCCUGUUCCAGAGUCCUCGACACCUAUCUUCAUCCCCGCGCAUAUCGUCUUAGGAAGCGUAACGGAUGACCUUGCUGCUGCGGGGGGUGUGCUUACACUCCCGCGGCUGCAGAGGCUGAGGAGGCAGUGGAUUACGCUGAAUAGGGCGUAUAUUGGGGCGCCUCAUGCGGCGGGGAAGGGAGGUGGUGGGUUGAAGGAUGAGGAGCUGGGGGAUGCGUUUGUGAGAUUUUUAAACGCGGAUUUUGCGGAUGAGGUUGAGGCUUAACCUUAAAAGGUAGUCUCUAUACUUGUAGUUGGAUUUGAGGGUGUUGAAGGCACGAGACGUUUUGGGUUAUGAAGCGUUCGUAGACAACUAGCAUAGCAUCAUAGUAUGACAUCUUACGAUACGAUGAGAGAACAAGAUUUCUUGUAUGAUAUAUAUAUUCAUUCAAUAAUAUAAAUAACCCGA